AUGUCCGUUGCGACCAUGCUUCAGCCUGCAUCGAGAAUCUCCCGAGCCUCCUCGUCCUCGUCCUCCUCGUUUCAGCCCGUCGCACGACAGAACACCAUGUCGUCGCACGAUACGCGGUCGCUCCGCCAAUCCAAGCGGAUGUCGGUCACCGCACUCUACCUGUCCAUGUCCGCGAAGGACCGAGACUUGGAAAUCUCAGAUGACUUGGCACGAGCCCAAAAAUACCUCCGCGAACUCAAGUCCAAGAUCUCGUCGCAGUCCAAGAAGAACUUCGUGCUGGAGAAGGAUGUGCGGUACUUGGACUCGCGGAUAGCACUGUUGAUUCAGAACCGCAUGGCCUUGGAGGAGCAAAACGAAGUCGCUAGCCAUCUCGACGAUACUGCCGAUCCGCAAGAGGGAUUCUUUCCGAAUGACGAACGAACACAGAAAUAUGGCAAUCUCCUGUUCCUCCUGCAGUCCGAGCCCCGCCAUAUCGCCCAUCUGUGCCGGCUGGUCUCCAUGGCGGAGAUUGACUCGCUUCUUCAGACGGUCAUGUUCACCAUUUACGGAAACCAGUACGAGAGCCGUGAAGAGCAUCUCCUGCUCACUAUGUUUCAGUCCGUCCUCACCUACCAGUUCGACAACACCCCCGAGUACUCCUCCCUCCUGCGCCAGAACACCCCGGUCUCUCGGAUGAUGACUACCUAUACCCGCCGUGGUCCCGGUCAGAGCUACCUGAAGCAGGUCCUUGCCGAUCGCAUCAACUCGUUGAUCGAAUUGCGAGAGGUGGAUCUGGAGAUCAACCCCCUGAAGGUGUACGAGAGCAUGGUGAAGCAGAUCGAGGAGGAGACGGGCUCGCUCCCCGACUAUCUGGCCCGUUCGGUGACGGCCGAGGACGCCGCCGACAACAAGCAGGUGCAGGCGAUCAUUGCCCCCCGCCUGAAGAUGUUGACGGAUAUCGCGAACGGGUUCUUGACCACCAUCAUCGAGUCGGUGGAUGAGGCUCCGUACGGUAUUCGCUGGAUUUGCAAGCAGAUUCGCAGCCUGUCCCGCCGCAAGUACCCGGAUGCUCAGGACCAGACCAUCUGUACUCUGAUCGGUGGAUUCUUCUUCCUGCGCUUCAUCAACCCCGCCAUUGUCACUCCCCGUUCCUAUAUGCUGAUCGACGCCACCCCGACCGACAAGCCGCGCCGUACCCUGACUCUGAUCGCUAAGAUGCUUCAGAACUUGGCCAAUAAGCCUUCGUAUGCCAAGGAGCCGUACAUGGCCAGUCUGCAGCCUUUCAUCGAGCAGAACAAGGAGCGAGUGAACAAGUUCCUCCUCGACCUCUGCGAAGUCCAGGACUUCUACGAGAGCCUGGAAAUGGACAACUACGUGGCUCUGUCGAAGCGUGAUCUCGAGCUCCAGAUCACUCUUAACGAAAUGUACGCGACGCAUGCUCUCCUGGAGAAGCACAGUUUGGCCCUCGCUCAAGACCAUAACUCCCAUCUUGCCCUGCUGUUGCAGGAGCUGGGCGCUGCCCCGCCACAGGUGCCACGCAAAGAGAACCGCACCAUUACAGUGCCACUCUUCAGCCGAUGGGAAACUGCUCUGGAUGACUUGACUGCCGCCCUGGACAUCACCCAAGAGGAAGUGUUCUUCAUGGAGGCCAAGGCGACCUUCGUCCAGAUCCUCCGUUCCCUGCCUCCCAACUCCUCAGUCGCUCGUCGCCCGCUGCGCCUGGACCGUAUCGCCGAGGCAGCGGCUACCCUCAAGAACGACGCCGUGAUGGUGCGCAAGGGUAUCCGCACGAUGGAGCUGUUGAGUCAACUGCAAGACAUGGGCGUGAUCGACCGCUCUGAUGAAUUCAGUCUCCUCCGGGAUGAGGUGGAGCAAGAAUUGGUGCACCUCGGCUCCCUGAAGCAGAAUGUGCUGGAGGAAACCGGGAAGCUCGAGGAGGUGUUUGCCACCAUCCGCGACCACAAUGCCUAUCUGGUGGGCCAGCUGGAAACUUACAAGUCCUAUCUCCACAACGUGCGCAGCCAAUCCGAGGGCAAGUCGCGGAAGCAGCAGAAGCAUCAGGAACUAGGGCCGUACAAGUUCACGCACCAGCAGCUCGAGAAAGAGGGCGUCAUUCGGCGCAGCAACGUACCGGAGAACCGUCGGGCGAACAUCUACUUUAUGUUCAAGAGCCCGCUGCCCGGCACCUUUGUCAUCAGCCUGCAUUAUAAGGGCCGAGCCCGUGGAUUGUUGGAGCUUGAUCUCAAGCUCGAUGAUCUCCUGGAAAUGCAAAAGGACAACCUCGAGGAUCUUGACCUGGAAUACGUCCAGUUCAACGUCACCAAGGUGCUAACCCUCUUGAACAAACGAUUUGCACGCAAGAAGGGGUGGUAA